AUGUCACGUUCAAUGACCAAAAAGUCAAAGCACAAUAAAUUAUUGUAUGUUCGGCGCACCAACAUACUUGGUUCGGCCAAAUUAAUUCAGGACUUUGAUGAAAAUUAUACGGCGGCACAAGCUAAUGAAAUUCCCUUCCGUUUACAAAAACUCGAUGCGCUUUGGGAGGAGUUCGAAGAAGUAGAAAAUGAGAUUGAUUCCCUUCGAGUAGGUGAGCCGGUCUUUUCCGAGGGACGAUCCGAAUUUCAAAGUCUAUUCUUUCAAUUGAAAGGAUCGUUGUCGAGUAAGAUACCCCCUGCACCUCCCAGCCCGUUAGCUUCACCGGCCCACAUGCCGCCACCUCAGGCUAUUGGGGUCCGCCUGCCGGAGAUUAAAAUCCCCGAAUUUAAUGGAAACAUUGAGGAUUGGUCAAACUUCCACGAUGUUUUCGACUCAAUGAUCCAUAAGAAUCUUACGUUGCCGAAUAUCCAGAAGCUGCAUUACCUUCGCGCUUCACUUAAGGGUGAUGCAGCUCGGAUAAUUCAAUCCAUUCAAACAUCGGGCAACAAUUACCCGAUUGCAUGGAAACUUAUAACCGAUCGCUUCGAUAAUACAAAUCUACUUGUGAAACAACAUGUGUCGGCACUUUUUAACAUUCCUCCUGUCCGCAAGGAAUCAGCAUCAGGUCUAUCAGAUCUUGUCGACAAUUUUGAAAGGCACAUACAAAUCUUGGACACACUUGAAGACGAGAAGGACCACUGGAAUUCAGUGAUAGUGGAACUUCUGAGCAGUCGUUUGGAUCCAAGCUCUCAACGAGAAUGGGAAUCCGAAUGUUCGGAGACAGAAAGGCCAAAUUACAAAGAUCUCGUUGAUUUCAUUCACAAGCGCGCUAGAAUGCUGCAGUCUCUUAAGCUCUCCCACCAAAACACGAAUACCGCUGUGGAUGUAAAGCAAACGAAAGUUCGCACCUUUUCGCAUGUUACCACCUCUGAACACGUCGCCAAAUGUGUGGCAUGCAAUCACGCUCAUUUGCUGUUUCAAUGUGAUGUUUUUCGUGGAUUUUCUCCUCAACAACGAUUCGAUGUAGUGAAGAGAAACGGUAUCUGUAUCAAUUGCCUGAAAGGGCAACACUUCGCUAAAAAUUGCACUGGAGGCGUCUGCAAGCAUUGCAACCAAAAACAUCAUACACUUCUUCAUCUCGGUCCAGCCCCGUCGCAUCCAUCAACGUCCGGGUCUGGUCAUCGACAAAUUCCCACUGGAACUCACAAAACGGGUAGUUCCAGUCACGAGUCGGGCCAAGUCCGAUCUGCUCUCUCGCAGUCUUCCCCCGUAUCGUUACAAUCGUUUUCGUUGAACUCGUCGUCGUACUCGCCGCCGUCGGUUUUCGCGCCUUCCCAGACGUCGGUUUCGGAAAAUUUCGUAUCAUCGCCUCCUCCAACCUGCCAGACAAUUGUUCCUUCUGUUCCCGCUUCCGAAUCCACUGUAUUUCUACCUACCGCACUCAUCAAGGUACAAGAUGUGCACGGAUCAUUCCACUUUGCCCGUGCAUUAUUGGACAGUGGAUCGCAACCGAAUUGUAUUUCGGAAUCGCUUUGUCAAAAACUAUGCCUAAAGCGCACCAAGAUCAACCAACCUGUAAGUGGAGUAGGACAGUCUAUCGUGAAUGUUCGCAGCAGUGCUGUAGUGAAUAUUGUUUCUCGUUUCGGAACAUUCAGCAGUCAAUUAGACUGUCUCGUGCUGCCUAAGCUGACGCACGUCUUGCCAGCCAGGACAGUAGACAUCGCCCACUGGAAACUGUCGAAACACCUACCAAUUGCUGAUCCACAGUUUCACGUUACCGCCGGUGUUGAUAUGCUGAUAGGGGCUGAGCUAUUUAUUAAGCUCCUUCAGCCAGAGCAGAUUCAUCUUGGUAACGGUUGUCCUACUCUUCAGAAAACAGCACUCGGAUAUGUCGUAGCGGGUAAGUCCAGCUCGCGACAAAUGACCCCUGUGGUGUGCAACGUCGCCUCGGUUGAUGAUCAACUGGAUGCUCACCUGCAAAGAUUUUGGGAAAUUGAGGGAUUCGAGCAUGGAAAAGCGCUCACUAAGGAGGAACAAUUGUGCGAGGACCAUUUCCAAUCAACACACUCAAGAGCCUCGGAUGGUCGCUACAUCGUUCGAUAUGCAACUCGCCAAGAAAAGUUGCCACUGUUGGGCGACACCAUGUCAACGGCCCAGCGCCGUUUCAAUUCACUCGAGCGUCGUUUUCGCGCAGACCAUGUUCUGCACUCGAACUAUUCCCACUUCAUGAACGACUACGAGCAGCUCGGGCACAUGGAGGAGGGGGAAUUCCGCGCCGCGAAACCGCAGUUUAUCUUGCCCCAUCAUGCUGUUCACAGUCCGGAUAGCACGACAACAAAGAUCCGAGUAGUCUUCGAUGGAUCAUCGAAAAGCAGUAACCACAUAUCGCUCAAUGACCUUCUACAUAUUGGGCCAACCGUUCAGCCAACCCUCCUAUCGAUUGUGCUGAAUUUUCGUCUCCAUCGCUACGUUGCUUCCGCCGACAUUGAGAAAAUGUUUCGGCAAAUUCUCAUCCAUCCGGACGAUAGAUCUCUACAGCAAAUCCUUUGGAGGAAAUCAGAGUCGGAACCGUUAAAAUUGUACCAGCUACGAACCGUCACGUACGGUACAUCUGCUGCUCCAUUUCAAGCAACGAGGGUAUUGAAUCAGAUCGCCGAGGAUGAAAAGGAACGUUUUCCACUGGCCGCGCCCGUGGUGAGAUCAAACUUUUAUGUCGAUAAUUUGCUUUUUGGAGGAAACAACCUAAAUUCCGUCGUCGAAACCUGCAAUCAAGUCAUCGAAAUGUUGAAGUGUGGGCGAUUCAAUCUUCGACAAUGGUGUGCAAACGAACCAGGAAUUCUCGCGCACAUUCCGCCUGAGCUUCGUGAACCUUCAGCAGCGCUGGAACUCGAUCGCAGCUCAUCCAUAAAAACUCUCGGAUUACUAUGGUUCCCUCAACAGGACCAGUUUGGAUUCAAGGUACCGUCACUCCCACCCUUGAAGACGGUAACAAAACGUAUUGUGCUAUCUGAGGCAUCCCAACUCUUCGACCCACUGGGACUUGUCGGGCCGGUUGUUGCAAGCGCAAAAAUAUAUAUACAGCAGCUUUGGAAGCGCGAACUGGCAUGGGACGAGCCACUUCCAGACGAACUAAGGGACUGGUGGUUGGCGUUCCGUUCAUCUAUCGAUAGGUUGAAGGAGUUAAAAAUUACUCGAUGGGUCCUGGUCUCAGCUGAUUCAUCAUACGCACUGCACUGCUUCUGCGAUGCAUCAGAAAAGGGCUACGGCUGCUGCGUCUACAUAAUAUCGACCGAUGCAAAUGGAAGCUCUCACAGUCGUCUGCUCAUCGCUAAAUCUAGAGUGGCUCCUGUCAGCUCUGUCUCAAUUCCUCGUUUGGAAUUAUGUGCCGCAGUCCUUGGAAGCCAGCUUGUCGACACUGUCAGCCAGUCAACGCAAUUUUCGGGCAAGACCACUUUCUGGACAGAUUCUGCAGUUGUGUUGCACUGGAUACUUUCUCCCCCUUCAUCCUGGCGAGUAUUUGUGUCCAACCGCGUUGCCGAGAUCAAUCGGCUCACAAAGGGUCAUCAAUGGCGCCAUGUCCCAACAGACCAAAAUCCAGCCGAUCAUAUUUCGCGGGGACUUAGCACCGACCAACUCAUUCAAAGCGAUUUAUGGUGGAAUGGUCCAUCAUUUAUCACGGACAACAUCAACAGCUGGCCUCCAGCGAUAGUAGGACUAUCCUCUUCGGCUCAAGAAUUACACAAUAUUGAGCGAAAACCACUUAUCUCAUUAUCAACAAUCACACUAGAUGAUACUUUGAUUACCUCCCGGUCUCAACUCGGUCCACUGCUAAAAACUAUUGCCUAUUGUUACCGUUUUAUAAACAAUUGUCGGGUCACCGAUGAGAACCGAUUGUUCGGGUUUAUUAACCCUGUAGAAUAUGAUCACGCUCUAAAAUCGAUUGUUCGGCUUGUACAACGAACAUGCUUCCCGGAUGAAAUCGAAUCACUGGAGGCAAAGGAUAGACACGUCGUUUCCAAUAUAUCCUCCAAAUCACCUUUGAAGAACUUAAAUUUGAUUCUGGACAGUUUCGGGUUAUUGCGCCUUAAAGGACGUUUGGAACGGCUCUCCGCACCGAUCGAUACCAGAUUUCCUAUGUUGUUACCGGCAAAACACCACCUGACGAAUUUAAUAGCUCGCUCAAUCCACCUGCAAACACUUCAUUCGGGCCCUCAGCUACUGUUGGCCACCAUACGACAAAGGUUUUGGCCAUUACGAGGAAGAGAUUUGGCCAGAAGGACGGUUCAUCAAUGUAUCACCUGUUUCCGGUGUCGGCCACGAGAAUGCAAACAAUUCAUGGGUCCACUACCGAGCGUACGCAUUACACCGGCCAAGGUGUUUGAAAGCACUGGGCUUGACUACUGCGGUCCGUUUCUCGUGCGACCGCUUGUGGGAAGAGGCGCGUCGGUCAAAGUCUGGGUCGCAGUGUUUACAUGUAUGGUGGUAAAAGCGGUCCACCUCGACGUCGUCGUCGGUCUCUCGUCGUCGGCAUGCGUAAACCUACUCAAGCGGUUCUUGAGUCGCGUCGGUCGUGUACGAACUAUUCACUGCGACAACAGCACCGCGUUCGUGGGCGCGAAUCGCGUAAUACGGGAGAUGCGAGUAGAGCUGAAGCAACAGCUCCAAUCAGCAGCCGUGCAAUCCGUUUUGCUGCAACGAGGCGUCCAAUUCCAAUUCAUACCACCCCGAGCAGCACAUUUCGGUGGUCUUUGGGAGGCCGCGGUCAAGGCCUUCAAACAUCACUUUUAUCGCAUCAUGGGACAAACGAUCUACGUUUUCGAUGACUUCCGUACCGCUGUUGCACAAAUCGAAAGCAUAUUAAAUUCCCGUCCCCUCGUUCCCAUUUCCAAUCAUCCUGAAGACCUCAAUGCCCUGACUCCUGGCCACUUUCUGGUGGGCGAGUCCCAAUUCUCACUGCCGGAGCCGGAUCACAGCAGCACUCCAACUAAUCGAUUGAAACACUUCCAGGUCAUGCAAAAAUCGGUCCAAGAUCUUUGGAAGCGGUGGUCAAGGGACUACAUUGGGUUGCUUCACAACAGGCCGUCUAGAUGGCGAUCAACUCCAGACAAAAUAGAAACCGGUACUAUGGUUCUGCUUAAACGUGACAACGUUCCUCCUUUGCUGUGGCCGUUAGGACGAGUCGACGAAGUUUUCCCUGGAAAAGAUGGCAUUGUGCGGGUAGUCAAUGUCAGGACAGCUGCAGGUAUCUUCCAGCGAGCUACAACCGAGCUGUGUAUACUGCCCAUUGAAAAGGAUGACGUAGAAGCAAAGGACGAGACUCACGACAAUGAAUAG